AUGGCAUUAUAUAACUUCAAACGUAUCCAGCCGGUCCCAGCGGCAAAUGACUUUCUGGACAUUGUCCUGUCAAGGACACAGCGAAAAACACCGACUGUCAUUCAUAAAAACUACAAGAUUGGAAGAAUACGACAAUUUUAUAUGCGUAAAGUUAAAUUUACGCAGGAUACCUUUGAAGAAAAGUUGAAAGCAAUGCUGGAAGAAUUUCCCAAACUCGAUGAUAUUCAUCCAUUUUACGCCGAUUUGAUGAAUGUAUUAUAUGACAAGGAUCAUUACAAACUUGCUUUGGGUCAGAUUAAUACAGCUCGUCAUUUGAUAGAUCAAGUUGCAAAAGAAUAUGUCCGAUUACUGAAAUUCGGCGAUUCAUUGUAUCGUUGCAAACAAUUGAAGAAAGCAGCGCUUGGCAGAAUGGCGACUAUCAUGAAACGUCAAAAAGAUAGUCUGGCAUACCUUGAACAAGUACGACAACAUUUAUCUCGUCUGCCCUCGAUUGAUCCUAAUACCCGGACUCUACUAGUCUGUGGUUACCCGAAUGUAGGAAAGUCUAGUUUCAUGAAUAAAGUGACGAGAGCCGAUGUUGAUGUUCAACCAUACGCGUUCACCACUAAAUCCUUAUUUGUCGGACAUAUGGAUUAUAAAUAUCUUAGAUGGCAGGUUAUUGAUACUCCUGGUAUUUUGGAUCAUCCAUUGGAGCAAAUGAAUACCAUAGAAAUGCAAUCUGUUACUGCACUCGCGCAUUUACGUGCUUGUAUUUUGUUUUUUAUGGAUCUGUCGGAACAUUGUGGAUAUAGUGUCGAAGACCAAAUAAAACUCUAUCAUAAUAUCAAGCCUCUGUUCACCAAUAAACCCACCUUUAUUAUCAUAAAUAAAAUCGAUAUUGUACGUCCUGAAGAUUUGCCUGUUGAGCAGCAAGACAUGCUAAAAGAAAUUGCGGAAAAAGAUGGUGCGCAAAUUAUCCAGUUGAGUUGUUUUACUGACGAGGGUGUGAUGGAUGCUCGAAAUACUGCAUGUGAAAAAUUGUUGACUGCUCGUGUGGAGGUUAAAUUGAAGGGUCAAAAGAUAAAUGACGUCAUUAAUAAACUCCAUCUUGCUGAACCUCAAGCGAGAGAUAAUGUCGCACGUCCACCAAUCAUUCCUGAAGAGGUUAAAGGACGUUCAUUAUUCAACCUUAAUGAUCCAAAUAGACGGAAAUUAGAAAGAGAUUUAGAAGCCGAGAAUGGUGGACCGGGUGUAUAUAGCGUAGACCUUAAUAAAUUAUAUAUAUUCAAGGACCCCGAAUGGAGAUAUGACUCAAUACCAGAAAUUAUCGAUGGUAGAAAUGUCGCAGAUUUUAUUGAUCCUGAUAUUCAAGAAAAAUUGGAUCUUCUUGAACGGGAAGAAGAAAGAUUAGAGACCGAAGGAUUUUAUGACUCGACUGAAGAAAUUGUUGAUUCGGAAGAUGAGGCAUUAAGGGACUUGGCCACUGAGAUACGAGAGAAGAAGAAAUUUAUCAUUCAAGCACAUAGGUCUAAAAAAAUGAUGAAAAAUCGUCCAAUUUUGCCGAGAACUGUAAAGACCAAAUCUAAUAAAUUUUUUAAUCUUAGUCUAUGGAGGAAAUGGAAAAAACAAUUGGGCAAACUCGGACUUGAUACGAGUGCAGUGCGUGCUCGUAGUCUAACACGUAAAAGAAAACGAAACGAUAAUGACGGCGACGACUCCGAGCAAAUGGAUAUUGAUCUUCCUCCCAAUGUCCUUAAGAGUAGAAGACUUGGUGUGUCUGUUUCCCGUGAUCGAAGCGUUGCAGGAUUGGCUGUUGGACAACAAAAACAAACAACAAAAUAUCGGAAAUUUGCACAACGCCGUCCAAAUCAAUUUGCUAAAGCUGGCGAAGCUGAUCGAAGUAUUCAAGUGAAACGGCCAAAGCACUUGUUUAGUAAAAAGAGUGGUAUCGGAAAGAGAGAUUGGCGAUAA